UCAGAUUUGUCCAGCAGAUGUGUCAAGACUUCAACAGCCAGGAUUUUGAGCUUAUCCUCAGUACUGUAAGUGCUGUAUAGAUUGCUUUGUAAUCCAGUUAUUGAAUGAAGCAGAUAAAGUAAAGUCGUGCAGCUUGCUUAAAGCAAGAUUGACGUACAGUAUCAGCAGCUUUUUGUGGCCGUACCUGGCCUAAUUUAACACAAAUUCAAAAUCGUUUCAAAUUUAACAUUUCUGUAAAAUGAGAGGUACAUGUACAUGUCUAAAUAUAAUAGUGAAAGAAAAACACUACUUGAGUGACUUGACUUCUUGAGUGACUAGCAAGCUGUUUCUUGUUUACUACUGAGAAGGCAGAGAUUCAACAAAAUUUCCAAACUCAAAGGAAGAAUAUAUUAAAACAGUUUUGUUAAAAAUAUUGCUCAUAUUUUUUAAAAGCAUUUAUUGAAAUCAAUAAAUGUUUGUUUUGGUCUUUUCAUGAAAGACAGCUUAAAGCUCUAGAACAGUUUGAGACCAAAGUGUACAGUUCUUUCCAACAUGUAGAACAUGACUUUUGUGUAAAUAGGACAAAAAAAAUUGUUCAUUUUCAAAUUCAUUUCGAAAUUAUUUUGAAUUUUCGACUGAUAGCAUCAAGCACUUUGGGUUUUUUCUUUUUUGCUUAAUAGUUUCAAAAAGGUACAUGUGCAUAGUUGAAAUCAAAUCUUAAAAUUAGAGUUUUUCUGACAAAUGCCAACUCAUACAUGAUCGGCUUUGAACGAGCUGUGCUACAAUGUUGGUAUAAUAAUGCCAAGUUCUUCUUUUAGUCAGUUAUUAUAGUUCUGCAAUCUACAUGAUGCCAUUUGAGUGGACUGAUUUAUUGACUGAUUGACUGUUUCCUUGAAUGAUUGAUCAUUAGCUGAUUGACCAACUGAUUGAAUGAGUGACUAACUGACUAACUGAAUGAAUGUUUAGCUGAUUACAUGACUGACUACAUGUACCUGGCGGAUUGACUGACUGUCUAACUGUCUUACUAUCCGACUGACUGCAGAUUAUAUUACGGAUUAACUGACUGAUGGACUGACUGAUGGACUGACUGAUUUGGUGACUGAAUGACUCAUUGACUGACAAAAUGGCUGACUUGCUGUUGACUGAAUGACUGAUUAACUGACUUACUAAUUGACUGACUGAAUGACUGACUUACAGUUGACUGAAAAACUGGCAAACUGAUUGACUGAUUAGCUGACUUUCUUUACUGACUGACUGGGUGCUGAUUGACUGACUGACUCAUUGAUUGACUUGUUGAGUAACUGACUGAUUUAUCAACCUACUGACUAGUUAACUGACUGGCCGACUACCUGAGCAAGUAACAUACUGACUAACUGACUGGCUACCUGACUGCUAUACUGGCAAAUCAACUAAGUAACAGUUACUAGCUGACUGAGUGAGCAACAGACUUACAUGUACCAACUAACUGACUGACUUACAAGCUGACAAACUGGGUAACUGACUUUCUGACUGACUGACUCAGGACUAAUCAAGCAACUGCCUUACUAACUGACUUACUAACUGAGAAACUACUUGAGAUUGUACUCAAAUAGGGUAACUUCAGAGAACAAAAGAAUCCUCAUCCCCCCCUUGCCUGAAUUUCAUCUGAUUACUUCGAGUCGUUGUUACUCCCUCAGUAAUGUCUAAAUCAACCGGCCGUUAAUGCCGUCGAGUGAUGUCACUAAUAAUAAUAAUAAUAAUAACAUGUUUAAACAGGAUGACCAUUUCAGUUAUAAAAAACUGCUAUCAAUAUGGGUUCUGUAUAAAAAUAAACGAAUAAAUAGAUAAAAACUCAAUUAUAAUAUACGAAACUGGGAUACAUUACAUAAUUAUAAUCAAGAAAAAAAUGUACAUCUACAUAGCCUCCUUAUGAACAAAACUACAUACAAUCAUUAAAAAGGGUAGCCCCCUUAUAAAAAAAGGCCCUCUUGGUCAACUCGAGAUUGACUUUAUCAAUAGAUAACCUAUCCUUAGACCUAGUCUCAUAGUCAUGAAUAUCAUAAGUUCGCCGUCGAAAAUAAUCUGAGAAAUAACUUGGAGCUUGUCCACCAAGACAAUAAUUAUUCUUGACAAGUUUGAUGAUAUGUUUCUCUCUUCUCGUCUUAAGAGGGUCCCAACCAAGACCGGAAGCCAUAUCUUGAGUGGACAAAUGCACCGUCUUUAGCACUAUCCUAGCAGCACGUCUCUGCAGGCAUUCCAAUAUUCUUCGUCAUUUCCUUUACCACAGCCAUAAAAAACAGCACAACAGUAUUCCAAAUUUGGUAGUAUCAUCGAUUUAUACAAUCGGUUCGAUGCUUCAGUUGUUAAUGAUGAUCUAAUUCUUGAGAACAUCCCCAGUGUUGUAGAAACUUUCUUCUUCACAUAGUCAAUAUGCAAAUUAAAGGAAAGACUGUUGUCCAAAACUAUGCCUAGGUACUUACAGGCAUCACAGUGUUUCACAGAUUCUCCUCCCAAUGUUAUAAUUUAUGAGCCUCAUCGAUGUCUUCCUCUGGUUGGUGCCAAAAACCAUGAACUCAGUCUUCUUUAAAUUCAGAAUCAGUUUAUUUGUAGACAGCCACUCGGACAGAUUAAUCAGUUCCAAAUUCAACUGUAACUCAAUUUCCGAUAUUAGUGGAGUUGAGAAAAAGAUAACUGUGUCAUCAGCAUACAUCAUAACUUUACAGACAUCAACACAGGUAUAUAUACAGUGUAAAUGAAACUGGACCAAUGAUACUCCCUUGAGGCACUCCACUUAGGACAGCUAAGGGACUCGACAACUCUUUAUCCUGGGAGACAGCUUGAAAUCUGUUGAAUAGAUAGCUUGUAAACCAAUUAAUCGAAUUUUCUCCAAAGCCAAAUCUUUUCAAUUUGGAUGAGAGUUCCUCGUGCGUCACAGAAUCAUAGGCCUUCCUUAGAUCAAUAAACAAAGCACCUGCUAACUUUCACUACUCCUUUGCUUUAAUUCAUGCAAAAACCAAAACACGAUUUUCAAGUCACAAACCAAGAAAUAUCGUUUGGAAAUGUUCACAUUACACAGAACAGCUGACAAAAUGUCUUUACUCUUUUCGAUCGUAAUUUAACAUUCAAACUGUCAAUUGCAUGCAGUACUCUGAACCGGUUGUAAUUCAAACUCAGUCACAAUCAUGCAAUCAGUGAAAUAAAUAAACACUCACGCAACACUUAGUUCAAAACACAAAGAUUUCCUUUAAUAAUUGAAAAGACGCUAUUUGGUCCUUAACAAAGAAAAAAGAAAACAAUAAAGAAAAGGUAAUUAACAGAAUCAUUAGACUUGAUGGUGAAAAUAGCAAGAAGGUCGAAUGACAACAUGACAUUGGUCUCAGAAACUUUGCAUAAACAAAAUCACUGCAGAAACCACAAAGCGGCUCUAAAAGAUAAACCUACCGACUCUCCGGAAUGAUUCUUCAUUCACAGUUCAAUUUAGCAAUUCAGUUUCGAAGACAAGGGCAAUUUUGCUGUUUACAAUAAAGAUUAUCGAAAUGUUUGAACUCCACUCAAGCAUGCCACCUAUGCAAUCUGCUGAAUAUCUAGUGACAAUCCCGCUAAAAUUUCUCAUAAUUAUACAUAAUUAUGCAAAUGUUUAGACAAUCAACCAAUCAAAAUCACUACCCGGUUUUUGGGUAGUAGUGAUGUCACUGGACGGCAUUAACGGCUGGUUGAUUUAGAGGUUGCUGAGAGGAGAAAACGACUCGAAGCAAUAGGAUGAAAUUCAGGCUACAUCCCUCCCCUGUCCCCUAAAUCAAUCAUUUUCAAUCAAUCAUUUAUUUUAACACGUUGCGCCAAAGAGCUAAAAAACUCGUUCAAAAUACGAACGUGUAAUUCAAAGUUGGGGUGUUUGUCGUUUUCUAUAGGUAGCUCGAACAUCGGCACAACAUUGCAUGGAGGGGAUGGGGAAGGAAAAGCUAUAUUUCCUCCUUUUGAAGUCGGUAAAGCGUAAAAAAGCCCAGUUUAGGGUGAAGUGUCUCAACUCGCUGAUUGUAGCUGAGUAAUUGUCUGAAAUACUAACUGACCAACCAAUUGACUGAGAAAUUGACUAAUUUACUUACUAACUAAUCAGCUGACGUAAUAACUGAGCAACUCAGUAACUGGCUAACUGUUAAAAUGACUGACUGACUCAGCAAAUUAGUUACUGGCUAACUGUCUAACUUACUGAAUGGCUAAGUAACUGAGUCACUGACUGAUUGUUGAACUGACUUAUUGACUGACUGGCUGAUGGAAUGACUGAUUGAAUAACUGACAGAAUGACUGACUAAUUGAAUACCUUACCAAGUGUCUGACUAACAUCAAGCAACCGACUGGCUGACUGAGCUGAAAAAGUCACUGACUAGCUGACUGGCCACCUGACUGACAGACUGACCAACUGACCAACUGACCAAGUGACUGACUGUGUAAAGGAGGAGUACUGUUUGCUAGUACUCUGCAGUCAAGGGGUGGGUGUUAAUUUAUAAUUAUUAUAUGUGGUAAAUUAUUCCAACAUGUUUGCUCUUUGGUAUUCAUGAAAAUAUGAUGCAGUCAAACCUUUUUAAUAUGGGCACUAAGCGGGCCAUAUUAACAAGUUGUCAGUAUUGAGCAGGUUGAAUUAAUUAGAGAAAGAUUAAAGCUUUCUUUCCCGAGGGACAAAGCAAACUGUCUGUAAUAAUAAACUUUCUGAACUAAGCGGGUGUCUGUAAAGCAAAGUUUGACUUUAAUGGGAAUUGGUCUGUUCUGAAAAUAACUAGCCUGCGUGGCAGGCAUUUGGAGGGGAAAGGAAAGGGAGUUUUAGGCGAGAGAAAUGCAAGGGCUAGAGCGCACGAGGAGGGAGGGAAGGAAACGCCUGCCAGGAAACCAUUGUUUUUGCCAUCCUGCCUACUAAUUAUUCAUGCAAAAAUAAUGCAACUGUGAAUGACUAGCUGUCAAAUAAGUCUGGAAGUGAUACACUUAUUUUUAGCUUUUGUUUUUCUAAAACAAGAUAUCUGAAGUGUAGGUACGUUCUAUAAAAAAAAUUUCAAAUGCUGUCGUCCGUUGAGAGAAGGAAGUUGCAAUGAUGCUUGUCUUGUUAUAUAAAAUGCAGCAUAACUCUAUUACGUCAUUUGCUGAAGGAAACGUGCUGGACGUCGCAACUUGCAUGCAAUGUUUGUCUGAGAAAAAUUUAAAACACUUUGCUGGAUCUCGAACUGGAUCCAACAGAGCAUUCAGAAGAACAAUCAUUGGUAGCGGCUUUAUAACGUCUAUAACCAGCAAGACCAAAAAUCGUCUUCAACAAUCUGGUCAUUGAUAAAACGUAGCCUGCAUGGUGGGCAUUUGAGGUCAAACAGCAGAUAACAAGCACACACAGGCAGCAUGAUAUUUCCUUUCUUUCUUCUAGUGAAUAAAACAAGCUGUUGGGAGAUGAGACUUCUCAAAACCAGUCAGUAAAACUCAUCUCGCUGACACAAGAUCUUUUCCUCCAUACGGUUCUUUUAACUGUCUUCUUCUAUUCUCCAUUUCAAGCUGAAUUUGAUGCCUUCAGUUUGUAAUUCUAAUGAUAAAUUCCGUACAGACGUCUCAUCACGGCUUCACUAACAACAUAUUUUUAAAUUAUUACUGAAAGAUCGAUUUAGUUACUCAGUAGCGUGAUGUUGAUUUCAACCAAUCGGAUUAAGGUAUUAUGGCUGUGAUUGACAUGUUUUGAAGACUGACCAAUCAGGAUUUUAACAUUUGCCUGGUGGAUGUUAAAAACGAGAAAUACGAUGGUCUCCUGGCAGGUGUUUCCUUCCCCCCAUCCUCACACACCCCUCGCAUUUCCCUCGCGCCUCAAACUCCCUUUCCCUUCCCUUUCAAAUGCCUGCCACACAGGCUAGAAAAUAACUGAUGAGCUUCAUUGAAUAUUUUAAAUUUUUGUUUCCAGAUCGGAUGCCACAGAAAGACUGGACAAGGACCUUCAUGAGCCAAGAGCCUCUGUUAUCUUCAGUAAUGUAAGUGCUGUGUUUUUUGUGUUUUAAUCCAGCUCUUAAGUAAACCAGAUAAACAGAACUGUUUGGUUUAAAGUUUCAUAAAGUGACUGUCUGACCAACUGACUGAUUGACUGUCUGAUUAACUGAUUAAUUUGCUUAGUAUAAUUCUAACUUAUCAACUAACCAUUUUGACUGACUGACUGAACAACUUAGAUACUGGCUGACUGUCUACUUGUAACAGAGUGACUGGCUGAUAGAAUGACUGAUUCAUAACUGACUGAAUGACUGACUGAAUGAGCAACUUACAGUACCAGAUACUGACUAGUGGAGCAACUGACUGACUGACUGACUGACUAUGCAAUUGGGUAUCGAACCGGCUGACAGAAUGACUGAUUGAGCGACUGACUGACUGACUGACUGUGCAGUUGGGUACCUGACUGACUGACAGAAUAACUUACUGAUUGAGCAACUAACUAACUGACUGUGCAAUUGGGUGCCUGACUGACUGACAGAAUGACUGACUGAACAACUGACUGACUGUGCAGUUGAGUACUUGACAGGCUGACAGAAUGACUGACUGAGUGACUGACUGACUGUGCAACUGGGUACCUGACUGGCUGACAGAAUGACUGAUUGUGCAACUGACUGACUGUGCAGUUGGGUACCUGGUUGGCUGAGAGAAUGACUGAUUGAGCAACUGACUGACUGACUGACUGACUGUGCAAUUGGGUACCUGACUGACUGACAGAAUGACUGAUUGAGCAACUGACUGACUGAUCCUUGAACAAUGGUCACAAACGUUACACUAAAUGGCAGGAUAAUAGUAACCUGGAACUUAAAUUAAGCCCAAAAAACCACUGGUCCUAAAUCAGUGGAAACAGUCUGAAAUUACAUUGCUACAUCUGUAUGCUCAUAAAGUUAUAAUUUAUUUGUAAAAGUUCUAUAAAAUGUAUUCCAGAAGUGCUAUUUGCUAGUACAGUGAAGGGGUGGGUCUUAAUUUACGAUAAUCUUAUGUGGUAAAUUAUUCCAACAUGUUUGCUGACGAGUAUUCAUGAAAAUAUUAUGCAGUUGAACAUUUUUAGUAUGGGCACUAAGGGGGGCAUAGAAAGUGUCCAGUCCAUAAAGCAAGGUUUGAAUGUUAAUGGGAAACUGGUCUGUUCGUAUGUGUAAUCAAAUGAUGACGAGUGAAAUUAGGGAAUAAUUUUACUCGUGUUUUGUCCAAAUCCAAAUAAUUUCCUGAGCCUUUGGGUAAGGGACUUGGACAAAACGCAAGUGAAAUUAUUUCCUUAUUUCACGAGUCUACCAUUUGAGUACCUAUUAAUAAUUAUCAUGAGUGAUGAAUUAAGUUUGCAUUUGUGGAUUUUUGAGAUGUUUAUCCUGGAUCGAAGACAAGAACUCUCUCAAAAGUUAAGAGUUUAAGUUUGGCUUAAGUUCAGAAUUUUCAGAAUAUUUCGACAAAAUACCUGUUAGAAUCCUUGAUGUGCUUUAGUGUGUUUAGAUGCCCUGACAUCUUCAUUCCAUGAUAACAUUUUAAAUUUCCAUUACCAUCUUGGCACUGAGACGUACGAAAGGUUGCUAUGGCAAUUUUGUAAUUUCACAUGUGAAAUUACAAAUUAAUGCUGAAAUUUCAUGCCCAAAUUAAGGAGUAAUUCGUCACCUAUGAUAUUAUGAAAGUAACUGUUGAGCUUCAUUGAAUAUUUUAAACUUUUGUUUCCAGAUCAGAUGCCACAGGAAGGCUGGACAAGGACUUUCAGGAGCAAAGAGCCUCUGUUAUCUUCAGUACUGUAUGUGCUCUAUGUUUUGCUUUGUAAUCCAGCUCUUGAGUGAACCAGAUAAACAGGAUUGUUGGCCAAGUGAUUUCAAAGUUUGAUUAAGCUAAUCCAGGGAAAACUGUUGCAAUAUAGAUAUAUUGUGCCUAAUUCUUUCAUUUCACAGUUAUUUCACCAUCAAGUGUACCACUUUUGGGAGUAGAAGAUUAUCAAUCUUAUUUUUUCCAAUAAAACAACAACAACAACAAUAAAAACUGAAAAAACGUGCAAAAUAAAAUGCAACAUUUUAAGAGCAAAAUUCCAAAAUAACAUUAAAUCAAGUACAGUUGUACAGCUUGGUCAACAUUAUUAUGGUGAAAAUUAAAUAAUUCAACCCAUGAUCAUCCACUGGAGUGUAGUUCUGAACAGCUACAGCUGUUGGAGAUUCAGUGAUUGGCUUUUCAAAAGUGUAUAAAAGAAAUUGACAGGGUCGAAAAAAUACUAAUUUUUAAUAUUGACCUUUAAUAAUAUUGUUACUUCAAGACCAAGCAAUAAAAUCAUUAUUUUUAAGGGAUCCAUUCAGCAUUUCUUUUGAACUUUGUAUGAAUUAGACAUUUUACAUUAAACAAAUGCUUACAAUUGGCAGUUUUAUGUCUGCAGGGAAUCACAAUACAAAGACAGCUGAAACGCACUGAAAUCUUUUUGGUUUCAAGGACAAAAAUAAUUUGAUUGAUUUGAUUGAAAAUUCUAAGAGACAUGCACUUGUUGGUGAAGUAUUCAUAAUCAGAAAACUUAAAUGCAAAAACCGCGGUCAUUAUAAGUUUUCUCCUGGAUUAGUAUUUAUCAACUUUGUUCAACUGUGUCACAACAUUUAAACCAAUAGCCAAGUUCUGCUGACAUAAUGAUAAUGAUAAUAAUAAUUAUAAUUAUAAUUAUUAUUAUUAUAAGGUUGUUAUUAUAGUACUUGUUAGUGCAGAUAUGCAAUCCAUAUUGUACCCUUCAAAUUUCUUACCUCUUUGA